CGAGCCUUACAAGGAUUCCACUGAGUCGCUGGUCCAACCAGGACCUCAAGGGGGAAAAGAGACAGCCAGCGUGUCAGGUUUGCCUCACACUAGCAUGCUCUCCCCAUUGCCCGCUGCCCCAUCAGUGCCGUCCUUGAGCCCUGCCCUCCCAUCUCAGCCAGUGUGGGUAGGGACUCCUUCCAUCUCAAAACGACAUUCUCUGAGGUCAGACAUCCUUCCACUUCUCCCUCCAUCUCCAUCCUCUUCAUUGGCUCCUGACUCACCUCAUUCCAUCAUCUUUUCUAAGCCAGCCGAGCGACCCAUCAGAGUGCCUUUAUUCCCCCAAACAGCUCCAACCAACUCCUCUUCAAGUCAGAGUGUAGCUAAUGCCCUAAACCCAUUUGCUGAUGAAACGAACCACACUCCAUCCAAAAAUGCUCAGGAUUUAAUAGGCAUCCCUCAUCUAGGUUUUUCUGGAUCUUCAACAAAGCAGUAUUCGGAGCUGUCCUUCACAGAGAGUCCUCGCUUAGCAAGAUCCCCCACACCAGAGUUUUUGAGCUCCAGGGCAGAACUGGCCCAUCUGUCUCCCCCUCCCCUAGCACCUGGAAGUCUUCAGCUGCCAGGUGGAACUCCCUCAUGGUCAAGGUUGGAAGUGGCUUCAAGCCCUGCAUCCACCCGGCCAAUCAAAGCUGAGGUGGACGAAAGAGUGCACAGUGGGGUGGCUUUGCCGGUUUGGAAGAGCACGGCAACAGCAGUGACCAGUGAGGCUGUGCCUUCUUCGCUUUUCCAAACUGCUGAGUCAGUGGCAAUGGAAACGACCAGCAGAAAGCCAGCCACCGCCACCGCCAAGGAUUUUGCUAACCCACUGCAUUUGUCAGCAGCCCCAGAGAAUUCUGAAGGGCCUGCCCGUUCAGCAGAACACAUAUCUUUCUCUUGGGUGCCUUCUCCUGUGCCUCUCACUACAGCUGGCCAAGGACAAGCCAACCUUUCUGGGGCGGUUCCUGCAUCUCCAUCUAAGGGCACAGCUGCAGAUAUGCCCUCCACACCUACUUUCCGGCAGCCGGCACAGAAUCAUGCCUUUCCAUCCGUCGAGCCCAAAAUGCCAACUCCUCAGGAAGAGGGGAUUCCUCACCUCCUUGCCAUGACUCAGAUGUUUCCCCGACAGAAAGAGAAUAGCAUGACAACUGUUUUAAAGGAAAACGAAAAGACAAAUUUCACGGUUGCCCUCCAGACCCUUCCAAGUAAAGAGAUUUGGAGUCUUCACACUGUAAAUGGAUUUGCCUCUGGUUUUAGCACUGAUCGUAUUUCACCCGCUGUCGUUACAACACCAAGCACAACCCUUCCUUCAGAAUUACCUCCACAUUCCAUCCUCUCUGGACAAGCCACGCAGACUUUUUCCUCAUCUCCCAGCUCUUCCAGCAGCAAUCCAGAGACUUACGCAGCUGCGACAGACCAUUCCAAGCUGCCAGUUUCAGCUUCCAAACAGGUGACAGCGUUUCUCUCCUCCACCGAGGUCUAUGAUUUCUCAACAAUGGGAAACGGGAAAAAGCCAGCAGUCACAGAUGUUUUCGGGAGUUCUCUUUCAGCAGGAACUGGAUCCCUUUCCACAGAACCAACCAUAGCUGGCAUGCAGCAGCCAACAAAUCACGAUGUAAAUGGGCACACAAUUAACUCCACAAGCUGGAAUACUCAUUCAGUCUCCUUUACUGCUCCCAACGAUUUAGCUUCAGCUGUCAGUACAAUAGAAUCUCAGCAUUUCAAAGACACUGCUGGGCAUUCAGCAACUGCAGAAGGCUUUAGUAUUCAGGAUCCAGUCCUUGACACAAGCACCAGCCAGCCAGUCCAACAGUCAGACGUUACCAUGGUUGGAAACCAUACAGACAUCUUGUCCAUAAGUAAUAACGACCACUCUGGUGUCUUCCAAGCAGCUGAGAUUGAAGGUCACCCAUCCACCAGUCAACACAUCGAGUCUUCUCCCCAUCUGCAAUGGCCUGCCCGUCCAACACGCUCGCUCUGGCUAACCUCUCCAAGUCUGCCUUCCACAGCUGGUUUGCGGGCAGUGUUUUCAGAUGGAAUGGAUACAAGUUUCCAAGUUUCCAGCAGCAUCUAUCCAUCUCCCGUGAUAAAUGCUUCCACACCAUUCCAGAGUGUCCCGAGAUAUCACUCUACUGCUGAAUCUCCUCUGUCAGCCAGUGCCUUAUUCAGGAUCCCAUCCAAAGUGCUUCUGCCUUCUCAGCACCCCAAGAAAUGGACAGGGGCAGCCACUAAUGCAGCGGACUCUGCAGUGUCGUCCAAGGCAGAACCAACAACAGCAGCAGCUUCCACGUUGUUUCCAAGGAAAUCAAGUCCAGCACUGUCUGCAGCCCUGGUUGCCAAGGGCACUGGCAGCAACCCAUCAGCUGGGGUCUCAGGAUUGCUCAAGAGCAGUUUGACCACUGCUGUAGCUAAAAAUGUCACAAACAACACAGCGUCCGGCCCAAAGGCGACCCCAGGCGCAGUCCAUCCAGCCUUCUCAUUCACUCCAACCUAUAUGUUUGCAAGAUCCGCACACACUAUGAACACUCACACAGCCAUGCAAGGGAACCCAGGCACCGCCUCUGGCCUGUUGUCCACUACUCACCUCCCCAGGAAACCACAAGCCAUGCACACGAACUUCCCAAACCCCACCAACUCAGACUUGCCCAGGGCGUCCACCACACGCUCAUUGACAAUCACGGCAGCCUUGACGUCCAUUACCGCGCCGGUAAGGGCGACCCGGCUGCCGCCUCUGCUGGCAGAGAACCCAAAUGCUGCUCUUCCCGCUGUGUCGACAGCUGUGGUUACCACUGGCAAGGUAGUGUCCAACCUGGAGUGCCAGAUGUCCAGUAAACUCUUGGUAAAGAUAGUUCUCUUUCUGACGCACAGGAGAGGGCAGAUCGGUGAAACCUUGAAGCUCAGUGUGGCCAAGGGGCUCACGCAGGCAUUGCGGAAGGCUUUCCAGCAGAACGACGUCUCAGCUCACGUGGACAUUCUGGAACAUUCUCACAACGUCACAGUUGGUUAUUAUGCUACCAGAGGGAGGCUGGUGUACUUGCCUUCCGCAGUGAUCGAAAUGCUGGGUGUUUACGGGGUCAGCAAUGUCACUGCGGAUCUGAAGCAGCAUGCCCCGAACUUGCAGUCUGUGGCGGUACUCGCCGCCCCGUGGGAUCCCCAGCCUGCAGGCUACUUCCAGCUGAAAACAGUGCUUCAGUUUGUGAGCCAGUCCGACAACAUCCAGUCCUGCAAGUUUGCUCAGACGAUGGAACAGAGACUGCAGAAGGCCUUCCAGGAUGCCGAGAAGAAGGUCCUGAGCACCAAAAGCAACCUGACAGUUCAGAUUGUGAGCACGUCCAAUGCCUCCCAGACUGUCACACUGGUGUACGUGGUGGGCAACCGGAGCUCCUUCCUCAACGGCACCGUGGCCAGCAGCCUCCUCCGCCAGCUCUCGGCUGAGCUGGUGGGGUUCUACCUCACCUACCCGCCGCUCACCAUUGCUGAACCACUGGAAUACCCCAACCUUGACAUAUCAGAGACAACCAGAGACUAUUGGGUAGUUACAGUGCUGCAGGGCGUGGACAAUUCGCUGGUGGGUCUGCACAACCAGAGCUUUGCCCGGGUCAUGGAGCAGCGCCUGGCCCAGCUGUUCAUGAUGUCCCAGCAACAAGGCCGGAGGUUUAAAAGGGCCACCACCCUGGGAAGCUACACUGUUCAGAUGGUAAAGAUGCAGCGGGUGCCUGGACCCAAGGACCCAGCGGAGCUGACUUACUACACCCUAUACAACGGGAAGCCUUUGCUGGGGACUGCAGCUGCCAAGAUCCUGAGCACCAUUGACUCCCAAAGGAUGGCCUUGACCUUGCAUCACGUUGUCCUUCUGCAAGCUGACCCCGUGGUGAAGAACCCACCCAACAACCUGUGGAUCAUCGCCGCAGUGCUGGCGCCCAUCGCUGUGGUCACGGUCAUCAUCAUCAUCAUCACUGCUGUGCUCUGCCGGAAGAACAAGAACGACUUCAAGCCGGACACCGUGAUGAACUUGCCUCAGAGGGCAAAGCCUGUGCAAGGCUUUGACUACGCCAAACAGCACCUGGGCCAGCAAGGGGCGGACGAGGAGGUCAUCCCCGUGACCCAGGAGACGGUGGUCCUCCCACUGCCCGUCAGAGAUGCUCCGGCUUUGCAGGAAAGGGACGUCGUCCAGGACGGAAGCACCAUCAAGACAGCCAAGUCCACGGAAACCAGAAAGAGCAGGUCGCCCAGUGAGAACGGCUCUAUCAUCAGCAACGAAUCAGGGAAGCCCAGCUUGGAGAGGCGCUCACCCCAGAAUGUAAUGGCACAGCAGAAAGUGACAAAGGAGGAGGCAAGGAAGAGAAAUGUACCCGCGAGCGAUGAAGAGGAAGGAGCAGUUCUUUUUGACAACUCUGGCAAGGUGGCUGCCGAUCCUUUUGACACAUCUUCUGGAUCUGUGCAGCUGAUCGCAAUAAAGCCCACGGCCCUCCCCGUGGUGCACCCCACCUCGGACCGGAGCCAGGAGGCGGCAGUGCUCAAUGGCGAGGUGAACAAAGCGCUGAAGCAGAAGUCGGACAUCGAGCACUAUCGGAACAAGCUGCGCCUCAAAGCCAAGAGGAAGGGAUAUUACGAUUUUCCUGCAGUAGAGACAAACAAGGCUCAGACUGAAAGAAAAAAGAUGUAUGAAAAAGCCCAGAAAGAAAUCGAGCACGUGUUGGAUCCAGACCCGGAACUGUGUGCCCCGUUCGCUGAGUCUAAAAACAGGCAACAGACGAAGAACUCUGUCUACCGAAGCCGGCAGUCUCUGAAUAGCCCAAGUCCAGGGGAAACAGAGAUGGAUCUUCUAGUGACUCGGGAGCGACCCCGGCGUGGAAUUCGUAACAGUGGAUAUGACACCGAGCCCGAAAUCAUAGAGGAAACCAACAUCGACCGGGUUAACGAGCCCCGGGGCUACGCCAGGUCAAGGCAAGUGAAAGGCCACUCUGAGACGUCCACGCUGAGCUCCCAGCCCUCCAUCGACGAGGUCAGGCAGCAGAUGCACAUGCUGCUGGAGGAGGCCUUCAGCCUGGCGUCCGCGGGCCAUGCAGGCCAAAGCCGGCACCAGGAGGCCUACGGCUCAACCCAGCACCUGCCCUACUCCGAGGUGGUGACCAGCGCUCCGGGGACCAUGACGAGGCCCAGGGCUGGGGUGCAGUGGGUGCCCACCUACCGCCCAGAAAUGUACCAGUACAGUCUGCCCCGGCCGGCCUACAGGUUUUCCCAGCUUCCUGAAAUGGUCAUGGGCUCUCCUCCUCCACCUGUACCUCCACGGACUGGCCCUGUGGCUGUCGCUUCUCUCAGGCGGUCCACCUCGGACGUCGGCAGCAAGACCAGAAUGGCAGAGUCCUCCGGGCCUGAGCCCACCCAGCUGCACGACAGCCCCUCCUUCGCGCACGUGUCCAGAGGCCCCGUGUCCGUGGCGCAGUUGGAUCAGUCGGCGUUAAAUUACUCAGGUAAUACGGUGCCGGCAGUGUUUGCCAUCCCAGCGGCCAACAGACCGGGCUUCACCGGCUACUUCAUCCCGACGCCUCCCUCGUCCUACAGGAACCAGGCCUGGAUGUCCUACUCGGGAGAGAACGAGCUCCCGAGCCAGUGGGCCGAUUCGGUGCCCCUCCCAGGGUACAUCGAGGCUUACCCCCGGUCACGUUAUCAGCAGAACUCUCCCUCCAGGCUCCCUCGCCAGUACAGCCAGCCGGCCGGCAUGCACCCCAGCUUGGAGCAGGCCCCGGUGCCCUCCACGGCGGCGUCCCAGCAGAGCCUGGCAGACAAUGACCCGUCCGACACACCCCUGACCAACAUCUCCACCGCGGCCCUCGUGAAGGCUAUCCGGGAAGAAGUGGCCAAGCUGGCCAAGAAACAGACAGACAUGUUCGAGUUCCAGGUCUAAUGCCUUAGCCCAGUGGGACUGCCAGACUCUGAGGAAACAGUCUUCGGGCUUCUCAAGCCUAUGUGUUGGGACUUGAGGCAUACACCAUGGGUGAGUCUUUCUCAUCCUUAGUUUCUGAAAAGGUGAACAGUGGGACUUCUGGGAAACAGAGGAAACUCUUGAACAACUGGAUUCUCGACUUCUGCAACUGAUUGUAUGUCAAGAAGUCCCUGCUUGGGACCAUAUGCUUGAUAUUCUGUUAUAUUAAAUGUUGGAACUGUGGGUACAUUUCUCUGUGGAGCCUUAGUCACGAGAGAUACUAGCUAAUCUCCAGAUUCCUGUCCAAUGCCACAUUUCAGUAAAUCACCAGGAGGCGAAGGACAUAGCUCUGUCUUUGGUGACCCCUGCAUGUUAACUCUGUUUCUGUGUUAAAGGCAGUGCAGGCGUGUGAUGAAGCACCAGACUGUACUCUCUCUCUCUCAUCCAGCCAUGACUGUAAUCGUUAAAGUCACCUCCGGUCUGUAAGGGAGGCGCGGACUUCAGCCAAGAAACUUGAGUCCUUUUCUUUUUAAAGAUUCAUACUCAAAGUCAGAUGCAUCGGAUGAAAGUCAGCGCUAUCAAUGACUGAACCUAUAAAUAGUCCUGAUCCCCUCCUUCCAUUAAUUAAACAAAGGCCAAGAAAGAGAGGAGAUGAGAGGAAAGGAUUGAUUUGCGUUGACAGGUUUUUGGAAAGGUUGUUACACUGGAACCGGCGUACCCUGCAAGUUGGGAUGUAACUGAAAGAGAAGCAGCGCCAAGAGUGUUUAGGAUCCUACAAAAGAAAAGCAGUUAUUGGUGGUGGCCUGAGAGCGAAGCUUCUCUCUCUCUGGGGAUAACAAACACAUUGACUUUUACAAGAAAAUCUCUGUCUCUUCAACAGCGAUGUCCAGCCUGGGCUGCCAGGUGAUGCAAAAGGAACUAGAAGCAGGGAAAGUGGAACCACAGUCUGCUCAGCCUGCAGCCUCUGCUUAUAGAAGCUUCUGAAUGCAGAAAAUCUGUUGAGUUACAUUUAAAUGUAAAUAACAUUUUAAAAAGUGUAUGGAGUUAGCCAGUCCCCUCCCUCCCCAACCCCCACGGUUAAUGGACACUAGGGGACAUUUGCUGAAAUGGCAGGACUGCCGACCUUGUGAGGGUGGUAUUGCGAGUCACCCACCCCCACCCCGCCAUGGCGAGUCAGCCUCUGGGUGGACAGUGUCUCCCAGCCUGAGGCACCUGCCACAGGCGCCUGUCAGUGCAAAGCAAAACACUGUUGGCUGCAGGUGGCCUUGGGGAGAAGACACUGGUCCCUUCGCCAGCUUUGGGAGCUGUGCACCACGGCGAGGGCUCCCUCUGGUGUCUGUCGGGGAAUGAGGUCCUGUCCUGCCUUCACCCAAGGUCAUUGCCGCUUCAGCUGUAUCCAUUCCCUGAGCCCAUCUUUCCAUUCUCAUGAGUUUCUUUGGUCUUUACUGAGGGAAGGGGAAAGGUAAACAUUGAGAGAAGAGUAGGAGAGAAACUGAUUAGAACGGGAGAUUCAAAGUCAAAGCACAGACUUUUCAAAGAAGCUGUUUUUAUUUCCCACUGGCAAAUUGCCCUUUCGGAGAUGUGUCAUGGAAUCCCCAAACAAGUCUCUUGUUCGGAUGAUUUUAGGUCGUGUCUUUUGGUAUGCUGAUUGAUCUUUCAUAGUGUUAGUUUUUUGUUACUUCAAAAAAAAUCAGCUAUAAAUAAAAUGUAUUUUUGUAAUUUCCACGUGUAUAUAUGGUAUAUUUCUACCAAUGGCUAGUUGUUGUAAUCCCAAACCUAAAUCAGCUUGCAAAACACUGUGGACAGUGCAAGAUUUUAUCGACAGAUUAACACAACGCCUAAUUCUAUCCAAAUUGGUAUUCAAUGCACUUGAAUGAACAAAGAGCCAAAGAAACUCAGCCUUUCCAUGCAAAUGGUAUGAGUCUGAUAAAGUCAGCUACAUUGUCCCGCCUUAUCAGUAAUCUUAAGAUUUCAUCAGUGCAAUGACAUUCAACCCAGUACUUUGUCUACUCGGUAAAUGCCUGGAAAUACUGUAUGUGAAAAUGAAGUUUUAAGACCUUAGUGUAAUUAAAAUAUAUGCACCUGCUUCGAAGAUAGUGUCUGAGCUUUGGAUGUGCCAGUGACUCAUGGAGAGUGAGGCUACAGCCCCAGCUGGCUAAGAGGAUGGAGGAAUGAAUCGCCAUGGUCUUUACAGAGCCCCACGAAAUACUGGGUUAGUCAACAAAGACAACUAAAAAUACAGCAUGCUUCAUCAGACACUCCCUCUAACUAGACACCACUGGUUUAAGAAAGUAGAUGGGAAGAAACCUUAAAUCGACAAGGUCAGUCUGUUCGUGUAUUCCCACCGAUGGGGAGACAGAUGCCAUUGUUUGAUAUUCUGUGACUACGAUGUGGACCUGUAUCUGAAGAGUCUCCAGGCCUCAUGCUGAGGUGACAGGUCCCUGGACAGCUGACUCAGAGGAAAGGCAAAUGGUCAGAAGUACCUCGUGGAAGUUAAAAUAGAGUUCCAUGAGCGCUCAGAGGCUUGUGUUCCUCAGGACCCUCCAGAGAGUUGAAGAAGCCACAAGGACCCAGAUGACCUUGGAGAAGGAAGCCAAAGUCCUGAGAAGGAGCGGGACCUGCCCGGGGAUUCCAGCCCAAGCCUGCUGACUCAUGAUCCAACUCGCUUUCUGUGUCACCAGGCUGCCUGCACACUUGUCCAUGGUUUUUGAACUAUGCUAGGAAGUUGAAAAAGUAGACAAGGGUCAUAUGAGACGUUCCCUAUGCCCUUGUGAAGGAGAAAGAUGAUGGAGUAGGUAAAGAACUUCUGAAAAGCGUCUAGAGAACAACGAAUUUGAGAUGUAAUAAACACAUUUGGAAUCUUUGUACUUUUGAUGUGAGUUUUCUGCAUUCUGAAAAGAAAUGCAUUUUGCCUUUUUCUAGAGAGUGCCAUCAAGGGAAUGGGAUUCUAGGGGUGUAUUCCUAUCUUAAUGCCACUUCCUGCUCCGGACAGGCAGCCAGGGAGGCCAUGCCAGCUCGUCAUUGUGAGGUAGUAGAUUCCGUGCCCUGUGUCGGGGAGGCAACCCUGGGGGUGCAGGAGAAAGUCUGUGUGUGUUCCCUGGUACCUAUGACCUAAGACGGCAGUGUCACCCAUGGAGCAGGAAGGUGCCUCUUUCAUCGUGUGCUAUGGACUGAAUGUUUGUGCCCCACCCCAACAAUUCCUGUGUUGAAAUCCUAACCCCCAGUGUGAUGGUAUUAGAAGGCGGGGCCUUGGGAGGUACUCAGGUCAUGAGGGUUGAGCCCACCUGAAUGGGAUUAGUGCCCUUGUAAAAGGGACACCCUCUCCCCAGGGAGCUCUCUUCCCCUCUUUUAGAAAUGAAUUUCUGUGGAAUAUAAACCACACACUCUAUGGUACUUUGUUACGGCAGCUUGAGCUGACUAACAUAGGGUGGAUUAUUUAAGAAUCAAUUCUCUGGACUCUGGACCCAGGAGAAGUUAUAUGGUGUAUUAUAUGGUGCAUUUGGUAGAAGGACAUGUAAUUUCUGAGUAAUCUUCAUGGAAGAAUGAAUAGGAAAUUAUUAGAUUUGUCCUAAAAAGUAUAAACUUCUGAGAGAAAAUACAGAUGGAGGAGGAGAGGAAUUUACAUGCCUGACGAAAGGAAAUGCUAAUCUAAAAGGCAGAAAUUAGGGACAUGGAUCAAAAGGUUUAAAUGUUGAUUAGAGAUAAAUAAGCUGCUGUUUUCCUCUACAUAGCGCACAGGCACUCAAUGUUUAAUGAAUAACAGAUGUUAGCUUAACAGUUUGAGAACAGAAUUUAAACUUAAUCCAUUCCUUCAGUCACGCACCAGAAAAUACUCUGGACUUCCCUUACAAAAUACAGUCACACACUCUUGGGGAAAGACAGUUAUUUAGCUUGGAUCAGUGACCAAUCAGGAUGCAAGAAUUAGAGGUUGAAUUCUGUCUGCCUCUGAAUUGAUCUUACAGAUAUUCUAGGCAAGGAACUUUGCAGGGACUAGAAGCCCAUUCACACUUGCUAAUUCACACUUUCAGGGGUUUGACUGGAGAUCCAGGGCCAGUUCAUAGAAACAAAACACAGCUCCCAUGUGGGAAAAGGAUAGAGACAGCGUCUUCUCUUUUGCUGUCUGCAUUCUCUUUAUACGGGCUUUCAUCUCUUCUCUCUGCCUCUCUGCUCUGUUCUCUCGCUUCCCUUGGCCUGCUAGCUUUCAGUGGUGGAUGUACAGAUGAAAAUCCACCCUCAGAUCCACUCCACACAAUCUCUCCUAUUUAAUAGCCAUCCCUCCCUGACUACCAUCUCUGUACCCCUAGGGAAAAUUCUCCACCAUCUCACUGAUCUAGUUCAUCUGCCUGUGGAUCAGGCACCCUUGGGUCAGGUGUCUAUCCAAUCAGCUAUAACCACGGAGGGCAGGGUCAUGUAAUAGAGCAUGGCUCCCUGGCCCAGCCCUCUCAUUGAGGGCUUUUGUUGGGGGCUAGCACUCAGAUGAGGGCUCAUGAGUGGAAAGGACCUUCGAAAGGAACCUGCUGUGGACUGGAAUUGACCGGUACUCUUAGGAUGCCAGCCUGCAGGUGAAGAGUCCCUGUGGAUACAGGGAUUCUGCAGCAGAGAGGAGAAGUCAUCCUUGACUUGUGCAUCAGUGAAACAUGCAUGAGCUGGAAACCUUGGCAGACUGGCCAGACCUGCCCCAACCACUUGCCACCCACCACCAGUGCUAUUGAUACUGCUGCUGAGUCUAAGACAGGAUUUCUUACCAAGGCCCAGUUAGCAAAGUCUUGCUCAGCAGACGAUAAAUACUUGUAAAUUGAAAUGCAUGAUCUCAGCUCAGGUGCUAUUACUGUGGCUCAGGGCCACACAUUUGCAUGGAUGAGAAAACCCAUGAGCCUCUCAACAGUCUUUGGAAACAAAAUUGGUUUCCAGAGAAAUUGAUUUUCUCGUGGCUCUGCCCUUCCAAGUAUAAGUUAGUGUUCCCUAGAAUUGAAAGGUCUCUUGAUUUCUUAAGGUGAAAUGUUACAGAAUCCUAGUCUGUGCUAAGUGCUAACAUGUAGGGUGUUUCUGGAAAGGCAUACUUAAGAAAUAGAAUGAAUAGUGCUAGAAGCAAGUUUGAGGAUAUUAAGUUGCUGUGAUUAUGCAGGUCUCAAAAACAGAGAGAUUUGGGAAGUGGCAGGAUUUGUUUCCAUAGGUCAAACCCACACUACAGUGAAAGCCAUUAUACAAUGAAAUCUAGAAAUUGAUUACUUUUGUUCUUUGACCUUGACCAGCCUUUUGUAAACUAUGGAAGGAGGCCAUCAAUGGAUUUUACAUAAAUUAACUGUGGCCUCACCUUAUUUCACCCCAUCUGUACCUGAUGCCUAAACUCACCCUCAGCCCACUCAUGAAAUGAGAGCAGGUAUGUAGCAAGCAAUCAGAGGAGUAUCAUUGGUGUGGAAAUGUUGAAAAAGGCAUAAUAAACGGUCAAGGCCUCGGUCAACGCACUGUAAACCAGUUUCUGAUUCCUUUUCUGGGAAAUGGGCGUGACGUCAGCACUUCCUACCUCCAGUGGUGUUCCUAAGGAGCGUGUGGCCUCAUGUAUGUCAAAAUGCUUUGAAACGUGUAUUCUUACUAAAGUAUUUGCUGCAUAAUUCAGUUUUAUCAAGCAAAAUAUGUUAGCUCCUUCCAGCCACUGAACUAAUGUGCUAUAAAAUUUUUAAAUUUUAUAUUCUAUUAAAAAUAAAAGAUGUUCCUAAGUUUGGAAGUGCUCACAAAAGCCAGCCCCCCCUGGAGCUGUAUUGUGUUGCUGUGGUCUGAUAUGAAGGAUACGAAAGUACUUGUACAUGGGCUUCUGGGUGGAAAACCCAGACUGGCGACUCCUCACCAACCACAUGAGACACAUUGGGCAAAGACAAGUACUGAACAGGAGCUCUGACUGUAGCUGUUGUCAUUAAAGGCUUUGCUUUCUAAUUAACUUUGUAUGUCCUUGGCCUCUGCCAGGAACAGAGUGUUCUUAUGCUGUCAGAAUUUUUUUAUUGUGAAAUAAAAUGGCAAAGG